UGCUUAUUGAACUCCGAUACCAACAUGUGACAUAAGAAAAUUAAAUUUUAAAAUGUUAGGUGAGUGGUAAUAAACAUUUCUAUACUUCAAAGUUGGAGAGAAAUCAUCACGGUGACGCAAAGGUCCUUCGUCGCUUGCCGUAGGAAACGAGACCUUUCGAACAUGGCGGAGGAUGUGUCCAAAUAAUGGGAAACGUUUUUGGGAGAAAGAGCCGAUCCUCUCGUGUAACGGAGCAAGACAAAGCCAUUUUGCAACUGAAGCAGCAGAGAGAUAAGCUUAAGCAGUAUCAGAAAAGAAUCACCUUACAGCUGGAGAAAGAAAAACUUCUGGCUAAGCAGCUGUUAAAAGAUGGCAAAAAAGAAAAAGCUCUGUUCCUCCUCAAGAAAAAACGCUAUCAGGAUCAGCUGCUAGAGAAGACAGAGAAUCAGAUUUCAAACCUAGAGCGUAUGGUUCAAGAUAUUGAAUUCAUGCAAAUUGAAAUGAAAGUCAUUGAAGGACUUAAGAUUGGCAAUGAAUGCCUGAAAAGUAUGCACGAGAUCAUGUCAAUAGAAGACGUGGAAAAAAUCCUGGAUGAGACCCAAGAAUCAAUUGAAUAUCAAAGGCAAAUAGAUGAAAUGUUGGCUGGAGCCCUGACACAGGAGGAUGAAGAUGCAGUUUUAGCUGAAUUAGAGUACAUCACUCAGGGAGAAGAGUUAGCACUUCCAGAGGUUCCCUCUGAGCCUGUUCCAGAAAUACCAGAAUCUGAUCAAAGUGAACCAGAGAGGCAAGAUGAAGGGAAGAAGCAACAAAAAGAAAUGCUGGCUGCCUAAAAGAGUUUCUGGUUCAUAUCCAGGGCUACUCUGAAAAUCUAAUAAAGCUCUUAUUAGUUAGUUAUUUGAGGAACCAACAUUUUGCACAGUUUACAGGAGCAUCAUUGUGAAGCUACAACAUGGAGUGAAAUAUUGUGUUUCAUUGUUACUGUGCUGGUAAAAGUAUAAAGGUAAAUUAAAGGGAUUUUAGAUGUUUUAGAAAAAAAUCAUUAAAAAAAUACAUUCAUAUAUUAAACUGCACUAAUAAAAACAGUUUGGUCUUUUUUUCUUUCAAAUUGUAGUACAGGUACUCAACCAGAAG